AUGUACUCCUUUUCCCCCCACUACUUCACCUCGGUCCCGAUUACAGGACAGGGAGAGACACAUUUAAUAGAUUCGGCCUAUCUCCACCACCUUACCGCCGCAUUCAAAGUGGGAUCAAUGACUCUACUCAAAUCAAAGCUGCCCAGGGCAGGUUUCUAUUGGCCUGGAAUGGACAAAGUCAAUUCCAGCGGCCUAGGAUCACCUAGGCCACCUAGGCCAGGCCAGGAUUGGCCGGCUUAUGUUGAAUCACCAACA